AUGGACCUGGCGUCGGCGUCGGCCUCUGGCGACAAGAUUGCGUGGCACGAGAAGACUGAUGGGGUCGGGUGUUUCGGGUCGCAGCAAGCGGUGAGCACGGUAGCACAGGAUGCGCAGUCGGUGAUUGCGGCUGACAUUGAUGGAGAUGGCGAUCUGGACCUGGCGUCGGCGUCGUCCGUUGACAACAAGAUUGCGUGGUACGAGAACACCGACGGAGCCGGGAGUUUCGGGCCGCAGCAAGUGGUGGUCAGCAGUGCAGCGAAUGGUGCGCGGUCUGUGAUUGCAGCUGACGUAGAUGGAGAUGGCGAUCUAGACCUGGCGUCAGCUUACUCGAACACCAUUGCGUGGUACGAGAACAACGACGGAGCCGGGAGUUUCGGGCCGCAGCAAGUGGUGAGCACGGCAGCACAGGGUGCAGCGUCUGUGAUUGCAGCUGACGUAGAUGGAGAUGGGGAUCUAGACCUGGCGUCGGCGUCGGCCUCUGACCACAAGAUUGCGUGGUACGAGAACACCGACGGGGCUGGGGCCUUUGGGCCGCAGCAAGUGGUGAGUACGGCUGCGGACGGUGCGCGGUCUGUAGUUGCGGCUGACAUAGAUGGAGAUGGGGAUCUGGACCUGGCAUCGGCGUCGGUCUCUGACAACAAGAUUGCGUGGUACGAGAACAUCGACGGGGCUGGGGCCUUUGGGCCGCAGCAAGUGGCGAGUGCGGCAGCACAGGGUGCAGCGUCUGUGAUUGCAGCUGACGUAGAUGGAGAUGGCGAUCUAGACCUGGCGUCGGCGUCGUCCGUUGACAACAAGAUUGCGUGGUACGAGAACACCGACGGAGCCGGGAGUUUCGGGCCGCAGCAAGUGGUGAGUACGGCUGCGGACGGUGCGUGGUCUGUAGUUGCGGCUGACAUAGAUGGAGAUGGAGAUCUGGACCUGGCAUCGGCGUCGAUAUCUGACAACAAGAUUGCGUGGUACGAGAACAUCGACGGAGCCGGGAGUUUCGAGCCGCAGCAAGUGGUGAGUACGGCAGCGUAUAGGGCGCAGUCUGUAAUUGCGGCUGACAUUGAUGGAGAUGGCGAUCUGGACCUGGCGUCAGCUUACUCGAGCACCAUUGCGUGGUAUCCGCGACGCUCUUACUUUACGAUGUCGAGACCCGCCACCAUCGCGGCGUCCGUCCCGGGCACUGUUGUGCUGAACGCGACGGCCGCCCGCGUACGUGGUGGCGUGCUGUUCAAUGUCCAGCCACCGCCCAGCAUGCUUCCGCCGGCCACAUUGAGUCUCGUCAACAUCACGAUCCUGAACAUGGGCUCAGGCUCCGACUCUAUCGUGGCAGCUCAAGGCCUCCGGGUCACUGGAUCCGGUGCCGUGCUGGAGCUUGAGAACUGCGUCAUCAAGUCGUCCACCGCCGACACAGCCAUCACUCGAUUUUUGGUCAACCCGGGCCUGGGCGGCGCCAUCGCUGUUACCAACGGUGGCACCCUGCUCGCCCGCAACACCACCUUUGAGCACUGCUCCGCGUCGAUUACAGGCGGUGCUAUUGUUGUCGACUUUGAAGACUCGAUUGCCCGCAUUUCCGGUGGUGCCCUGAUCGACAACUCGGCUGCCACGCACGGUGGCGCUAUUGCAGUCAUCAACGGUGGUCGUCUCGAGCUCGACGGAGUCCGCUUCGAGUCCAACGUCGCCGAGCUGGGAAGCGGGGGCGCCAUCUACACCGAUGCCAGUGCCCAUGUAACCAUCAACGACGCGGUGGUCAUCAACAACGUCGCCACGCUGGGUGGAGGUGUCUUUGUGUCGCCGGCCACUUCCCUUUUCGUUUCACGCGCCACCCUCUAUCACAACUCGGCGCGCGACAGUGGUGGUGGCAUUUAUGUGAGUCGGUCAGGUAGGCUCACCGCCAUGUCCACCACGCUGAACGCCAACUCUGCCGCCAAUUUCGGCGGCGGCAUUGCCCUCCGUCCUAGCGAUAACGUCACCCUCGACGACUGCACCCUGUCUGCCAACACCGCGGCCAUCGGAGGAGCCAUUGCCAUACUGGCCGAAAACCACAACAUCGAUGCAAUCAGCUCGACUUCUCACCUUCGUGUGAGCACAGUUGAUCCGCAUCCCCUCGCCCCUACCGCCAUUUUGACCAACACAGUCCUGAGUGGCAACCACGCAAACCGCGGCGGUGGCAUCUACGCCUGCGAUGGGCUCCUCUCGAUCGCGGGGCCGCACACCGUCUGGACUCGCAACACGGCCACUGUCUCUGGCGGCAAGGAUACAACGUCAAGAGACGCUUUUCUUUGUCUCCCGGCGCCUCCGUUUGGGUUCCUCUUCGACCGCGCCAGCACGUCUGGCAUCCCGUGGCUCUCGUUUGACUCGGUUGCCUUUGCACAACUGUCGUCGGCUGCCAUCGCCACGCCCCCGGCCGAACUCGAAGCGGUUGUCACUCCACCAGCCACGCUCCCCGUGGGCGAGCCACUGUUCGGCACUGUCGCCCUCCGCGACGCCUUCUUUAAUCGCGUCACGUAUCUUGAUGUUCUGGUCCGUCCCUCGAUCGACACGACGCCGAAUCUUGCUGAUCCUCUCGCCGAGUUCAGCAGCUCACCGCUCAGUGCCCUCAACGCAACAAGCGAGCUGCCAGUUAUCUCGUGGACGGUCAGCAUCCCAGCACCAUCGACGGCGUUUCACAUCGAACCUUUGUCAGGCAGGACGGCCCUUGUUCCGGCAGAUUGUGACCCGGGGACCUACCAGGCGACCGGCGGUAUUUGCAUCACAUGCUCAACCGCCGAGUUCUCCACCGUUGUCAACGCUGCCAACUGCACACGCUGCCCAAUCCGCACCACAUCGCCUGUCGGCUCCGCCAGCCUUGAGGCCUGCACCUGUGUUGUCGAUUCCUACGCCCUCUCUCACCCUGUCUCGCCUGAGAUUGGUUGCGUGGUGUGUCCGUCGGGCGCGAUCUGCGCUGGUGCAACCUCUCUUCCGCGCCCGGCACCUGGGUUUUACUCGUCGUCGUCGCCGAUCGAGUUCAUCGCGUGUGACAAGUCUCCGACGGAGGCCGUGCGCCGUUGUCUCGGCGACGACACGUGUGUGUCCGGUCGAAGUGGCCGUCUCUGCUCGCACUGCGCAGCGCAGCACUACGCAGUCUCCAACGGCGAGUGCAAGGUCUGCCCGGCAAUGACCGGUCCGGCCCCAGUUGUGAUCACCACCCUCAUCCUGCUUGGAGUUGCCCUGCUCCUUUUUCUCAUCCUACUCCAGCGAAGGACGGCGUCCUCCGCUUCCAUGCUCAUCUCCGCGCAGUCCUACGGCGCGCUGACCGGCACCGAGCCAUGUCACAUGCUCCGACAGACGCUGCGGUGGGCCCGGGUGCUUUGGCAGGAGAUCUCGCUGGCGAUGCUGGAGAUUGGCCUGCUCCUCGCGCUUGCGCUGCUCGGUCUCCGUGAAACAUUCGAGUUUGUAGUUCUCGGCCUCGGCCUCUCGGCCUUGAUCACCUACCUUGUUGUGGAUCGCGUCCGUGCUGUCCACACGUCCUCAGCCUCGCGGCGCCGCAAGAGCGCUCUCGCGCUCUCCGUUCCACUCGACGAUGUAGCGGGGUAUGCUCUUUACCGCUCGUCAUCGUCAUCAUCAUCGUCGUUGUCGAACGGGGGCGAGCCAGAUGCACUUUUUGAGGCGGUUGUCAAGACACUGGUGGUCCACUUGCAGACACUGGCUGCGCUGGUGGGUGUCUACGAUCAGGUCCAGUGGACCAAGUCGAUGGAGCUUGUCGCCUCGCUAGUCUCGCGGGCGACACUGCAGGUGACCGGCCUCGAGUGCAACGGCAUCGGUUUUGCAGGGGAGUACUAUCUCUUCUUAUUUCUUCUGCCCAUGCUUCUUGUGGCGCUAGUUGUCGCUGCUGUUGCCGUCCGGAUCCUCCUCGCGUCGACCGGAAGCACCAGUCAGAGUGCCGUUGUGGCCAGCACGGCGCAGUCCUGGCGGGUGCGUGCACUGGUGACAGCGACGGGCAAGUACGCGCUCAUCACGUUCUACUUUUUCGUCUUUCCCAUCGCAUCCAAAUCGCUGGCCAUGUUUGCAUGCGUUCCCGAGAAUGUCACCCGUCCGCGUGCGUCGUAUCUCGCCUCUGCGCCGUGGAUAGUGUGCUGGCGCGAGCGCCAUGUCCAGCUCGCAGUGGUUGCUGCAUGCGUGCUCGCAAUGAUGGCGGGCGCAUCGAUUGUAGUUGCGGCUCGAAUGCGGCAGGCCAUCGCCGACAGAGGAGUUGCCUCGACUUGCACCUUCCUCUACGCCGGCUUUACCGCAAAGGCGUGGUGGUUUGAGGGCGUGGUGCUCGGGCGGCGACUGGCUGUUGCAGUGUUUGCUUCCAUCCUGCCGCGCAGCUCGGUCUUUGUUGGGCCGAUGCUUCAGUGCGUGCUGCUGGCAUACUUGCUGGCCUUGCUUCUUGUCCGGCCAUACCGUUCCCGGCUUGCGCUGCAGCUGGAGAUGGGAGCAGCGGCGAUGGCUCUCGUAUCGCUCAUGCUAGUGUCGAGCAUGGCCGAAACGGGCGAGACGGCAUCAUUGGCGCUGAUGACGCUCAUGUUUAUUGCCGGCAACGGAUGUGUAGUCCUUGCUGGUGCCGCCGCGCUCUUCAUGCCCAUCAUCCAAGCCUUCCGCAUGAUGUAA